AUGAGCCCUGGGAUUCCUACUCCUGAGACCACCAGUGCAACAUAUCUGCUAGCUCUUCGAGUGGGGGAAUUGCCUGAAGAGAACUUCCCCUCCCACAUGGGAUUAACAAGGGCAAAAAUCAACCUAGGAGAAGCUUUGGUUAGAGGAUGUGCCUUCCUGACGUACUGUGCCCGGGAGUCCGCCCUCAAGGCCCAAAGCGCGCUGCAUGAACAGAAGACGCUGCCAGGGAUGAAUCGGCCAAUCCAGGUGAAACCUGCAGACAGCGAAAGUCGAGGAGAAGACAGGAAACUGUUUGUAGGGAUGCUGGGGAAACAGCAGUCGGACGAAGACGUGCGGAAGAUGUUUGAGCCGUUCGGCACCAUUGACGAAUGCACCGUACUCCGAGGCCCAGAUGGCACCAGCAAAG